ACAUUUAUGUAUUAUUUCAAGAUUUAGAAAACGUUCUUAAACAACGAUAAUAUUUGAUUAAAAGGGUAAAGAAUUAUUUAACUCGUUUUUAUGCAUAAUUUUGUCUCAACAUGGAAUUUUAAAUUUAUAAUAUUAUUGUCUAAAUUUCAGAUUACCAAAGUAAAGUAAUGAAAUAAAAAUUAUCAUUAAUUUUGUUUUCUAAAAUGUUUGAAAUAGAGGGCUUAGGUGACGAGGUUGUGGUUUGUUUGACAGGAGUAACACUAGUCCUUUGCUAUUUCCUUUAUCAAUCUUUAUCCUUCCUAGCUACUAAUUCACAGGAGAAUACGCGAACAAAUUUGGACCCUAACGGACCUACGAGAACUAUUACUGACGACUGUGCUAUCUGUUUAUCAGAAACUAGGUUUGCAGUUCAAACUAACUGUGGACACAGCUACUGUGGAAACUGUAUAUUAGAGGUUUGGCGGAGAAGUUCUCAACUGUCCGCCAUCACCUGCCCUUAUUGUCGGCAAAGAAUUACUCUUCUCUUGUCUUACUUCAGUCAAGAGGAAAGAACAGCUGCUGAACCUGGAGACGUAGAGAUAAGGAAUAAAGUUUUGGAACAUAUUUACGCUUAUAAUAAACGCCAUUCAGGAGAGCCAAGAUCAAUUCUGGAAAUAAUCCGUGAUGUGCCAACUCUUCUCCGCCAUCUUGUUCUACGAUUCUUUGAUGGAGAUGACGGAAUAAACUUCGCGUUCCAAUUAAGAAUAAUCGCUCUGGUUCUUUUUUGGAUCACUUACCUUCUUUCUCCAUUAGAUCUGAUUCCAGAGGUUCCGUUUAAUUAAUUUAUUCAUCCAUCC